AUGAUGGCGAGCCGAUUGUCGGUCUCCCCGCCGGGGGCGUCGGUCUCCCCGCCGGGGGCGUCGGUCUCCCCGCCGGGGGCGUCGGUCUCCCCGCCGGGGGCGUCGGUCUCCCCGCCGGCGGCGUCGGUCUCCCCGCCGGCGGCGUCGGUCUCCCCGCCGGCGGGCGUCGGUCUCCCCGCCGGCGGGCGUCGGUCUCCCCGCCGGCGGGCGUCGGUCUCCCCGCCGGCGGGCGUCGGUCUCCCCGCCGCGGGCGUCGGUCUCCCCGCCGCGGGCGUCGGUCUCCCCGCCGCGGGCGUCGGUCUCCCCGCCGCGGGCGUCGGUCUCCCCGCCGCGGGCGUCGGUCUCCCCGCCGGGGGCGUCGGUCUCCCCGCCGGGGGCGUCGGUCUCCCCGCCGGGGGCGUCGGUCUCCCCGCCGCGGGCGUCGGUCUCCCCGCCGCGGGCGUCGGUCUCCCCGCCGCGGGCGUCGGUCUCCCCGCCGCGGGCGUCGGUCUCCCCGCCGCGGGCGUCGGUCUCCCCGCCGCGGGCGUCGGUCUCCCCGCCGCGGGCGUCGGUCUCCCCGCCGCGGGCGUCGGUCUCCCCGCCGCGGGCGUCGGUCUCCCCGCCGCGGGCGUCGGUCUCCCCGCCGCGGGCGUCGGUCUCCCCGCCGCGGGCGUCGGUCUCCCCGCCGCGGGCGUCGGUCUCCCCGCCGCGGGCGUCGGUCUCCCCGCCGCGGGCGUCGGUCUCCCCGCCGCGGGCGUCGGUCUCCCCGCCGCGGGCGUCGGUCUCCCCGCCGCGGGCGUCGGUCUCCCCGCCGGGGGCGUCGGUCUCCCCGCCGGGGGCGUCGGUCUCCCCGCCGCGGGCGUCGGUCUCCCCGCCGCGGGCGUCGGUCUCCCCGCCGCGGGCGUCGGUCUCCCCGCCGCGGGCGUCGGUCUCCCCGCCGCGGGCGUCGGUCUCCCCGCCGCGGGCGUCGGUCUCCCCGCCGCGGGCGUCGGUCUCCCCGCCGCGGGCGUCGGUCUCCCCGCCGCGGGCGUCGGUCUCCCCGCCGCGGGCGUCGGUCUCCCCGCCGCGGGCGUCGGUCUCCCCGCCGCGGGCGUCGGGUCUCCCCGCCGCGGGCGUCGGUCUCCCCGCCGCGGGCGUCGGUCUCCCCGCCGCGGGCGUCGGUCUCCCCGCCGCGGGCGUCGGUCUCCCCGCCGCGGGCGUCGGUCUCCCCGCCGCGGGCGUCGGUCUCCCCGCCGCGGGCGUCGGUCUCCCCGCCGCGGGCGUCGGUCUCCCCGCCGCGGGCGUCGGUCUCCCCGCCGCGGGCGUCGGUCUCCCCGCCGCGGGCGUCGGUCUCCCCGCCGCGGGCGUCGGUCUCCCCGCCGCGGGCGUCGGUCUCCCCGCCGCGGGCGUCGGUCUCCCCGCCGCGGGCGUCGGUCUCCCCGCCGCGGGCCGCCGGCGGCGUCGGUCUCCCCGCCGGCGGCGUCGGUCUCCCCGCCGGCGGCGUCGGUCUCCCCGCCGGCGGCGUCGGUCUCCCCGCCGGCGGCGUCGGUCUCCCCGCCGCGGGCGUCGGUCUCCCCGCCGCGGGCGUCGGUCUCCCCGCCGGCGGCGUCGGUCUCCCCGCCGGCGGCGUCGGUCUCCCCGCCGGCGGCGUCGGUCUCCCCGCCGGCGGCGUCGGUCUCCCCGCCGGCGGCGUCGGUCUCCCCGCCGCGGGCGUCGGUCUCCCCGCCGGCGGCGUCGGUCUCCCCGCCGGCGGCGUCGGUCUCCCCGCCGGCGGGCGUCGGUCUCCCCGCCGGCGGGCGUCGGUCUCCCCGCCGGCGGGCGUCGGUCUCCCCGCCGGCGGGCGUCGGUCUCCCCGCCGCGGGCGUCGGUCUCCCCGCCGCGGGCGUCGGUCUCCCCGCCGCGGGCGUCGGUCUCCCCGCCGCGGGCGUCGGUCUCCCCGCCGCGGGCGUCGGUCUCCCCGCCGGGGGCGUCGGUCUCCCCGCCGGGGGCGUCGGUCUCCCCGCCGGGGGCGUCGGUCUCCCCGCCGGGGGCGUCGGUCUCCCCGCCGGGGGCGUCGGUCUCCCCGCCGGGGGCGUCGGUCUCCUGUGA